AUGAGUUUAAGUGAUUUUGGGCACAAAAUAUCUCAAAGUAAAGCACUUCUAUUAUCACCGGAUCAUUGCUAUAACGGACACUCGACACUACAGGCGUCCACAUUAUGGUCCAAAUUAGACACUUUGAAUGAUGUGAACAGAAUCGCCAACUUAUGGCUGUUGACACUCGAGAAACAAGGCUGUCAUCACUUAAUCAGUUCCGGAUCGCACGGCGUUAUGCAGGCAAUGAUCUUAAGUAUGGCAUCGCUUCAGUUCACGAAACAUCACUUGGAGUUCAAUACACAUCCAAAUGAAUUACACAGAAAUUAUUACAUCCGAAGAAUUAUUUACGGAAACGAAACACUCAUUAACAUAACGGUUGCGCUUCAGGACAACAAUAAGGCGCAGAUCUAUGUCUCUCUCGACAAGAAGGCAAACAACAAACAGUUCUUUGCCUGCGAUGCCGGCUGUCUGGACGCGCCCGUCAGUUUAAGUCUUAUUCCGAAAGAAUUUCCCGUCAAGAAGACGGAACCGUUGACAGCAAUCCUAUACAUAACACCAGACGAACAACACAUUAAAGAACUAAAGCAUACCAUUCAUGUGAAAGAGAUCGCAGAAGCGCCGGCACACGAACACGAGGUUCUGGCAGUGCAUCGAUUCGGCACCAGUUAUGGCGGACUUCCCACCAUAUUCUGGAUUCUCAUUAUAUUCCUAAUCGUGAUAUUUCACAUAUUUCUGGNAGAGAUCGCAGAAGCGCCGGCACACGAACACGAGGUUCUGGCAGUGCAUCGAUUCGGCACCAGUUAUGGCGGACUUCCCACCAUAUUCUGGAUUCUCAUUAUAUUCCUAAUCGUGAUAUUUCACAUAUUUCUGGCCAAACUUAUUUAUAACGAGUAUUGCGGCGCUUCUGCUUCGUCCGUGCCUUAUGAGCGCCACAGACAGGGAAGUAUUUAA